CAAGGGGUCAACAGCAGCAGCAAAGACGAGGGUGAGGGGAGAGAGAGAGAGAGAGGAGAGGCGAGGAGAAGAAGUGAUUGGAGUUCUCUGUCGUUUUCUUGCUGCUUUGGUUCUUCAACGAAGCGUCCUUCGAUGGUGGUGGUGGUGGUGGUCGCGAUCGACGCGAAAUCGAAGGGGUGCUGAGAUAUUCCCGUGGGAAUUCCAAGCGGCCGCAGCUAGCUGGGAGAGUCACGAAUCCCGAGAAAACCCUCGGUCUAAUCCGAAGAGAUCUCUUUCUUUAUUUGUUUCUUUCUCGCCCUUAUCUGAUGGCUUGGCUACCUCUCAUCUAUCAGGCCAUCGAUCUGAGAAAAGGUUUGGGAUAAAUCAUUUGUCAAGGUUGUUUUUGUGUUAUGAAAUAUUUAAGGUUUGUGAACUUUCUGUAGUUUGAGUAAAGAUGAAUAUGUCUGACAAUGGUCUUUCUGAUAAAGAGGGUACCAAGUUAAAUUUGUGGAAUAAAGUUACCACUUUAAAUCCCAAUGCUUUGGAGUUUAUUCCAUCAUCUCUGAAAUAUGCAAAAAGCACCAAAAGCUUAGAUACAAAAAAGUUUGAUGGCCUAGGAUCUUCUGGAAAUUCAGUCUUUAAUCAGUCAGGCUCCACUAUAUCAAACAACUCAGAAGGUGAGGCGAAUCCAUACUGGUACCAUCAGCUUCCUGAUGAUAUCACCCCUGAUUUCAAAGUCAUGGCAGAAGAGUUGCAGGGACCUGGAAAUCUCCGAAUUGCAGAUCUGUCCUUACAUGAUGCUGUUGGACCAUCAAGACUUUCAGGAUCAAUGGCCAACCAAUUAUUAGGUGUGAGGAAAGAUGUUCCUUGUUUUACAAGUGAAAAUCACCGUUUGAGUGAAAAGAUAUGUGCUGAAGAAAAAUCACCAACUGCGUUCAUGGCUUCAGCUGCUAGUUCCUGGGGCAAACCUUUCAUAAAUGGUGAAAAGCACAGUAGAAUUGGAAGGAUGGGAUGCAGAAACGAUGGGGAUUUUUGUGCUGGUCCAAUAAAUGAUUUGACAAGUAAUAAUAUGCUUCUUGAGAAUGCAGCUGUUGAUCCUAUCAAAUAUUUGUCAUCAUGCUUUCCCGGUUGUGAUGCUCAGAGACUAGCCAAUGUUUACUACAAGAAUGGAUGUGACUUGAACUCCACAAUUGAGCUUAUAAGUCACUACAUGCAUGAGGUUGAUAGUGGUUUUGAUCAGAACCUUAAUGUGAUGUCAUUGGCAUCCUCAAGAGUUAGCAUGCUGGACUCCACUGCUCUGUCCUUCGCAGAGACACAUGCACAAAGUGGGUCAUCAAAGUAUAAUAGGGAAGAUAUCCGACAUAAUCCAAUUAUGCAUAGAUCUACCUCCAGCAUAUCAAAAGGUGACAUGAAAUUUGCAUCAACCAUUAGACAACUUGGGUUGCAGGAUUUUCAUCGUUGGAGGUCUGAUAGAAAUGGUUGUGCCGACGGUCAUGUUGGCUCAGGUAGAACCAUUCAACUUUUAGCUAGUUCUCUUAAUGGUCAUGGUAAAACACUUUAUAAAAAUAAAAGUGCAGCUAAUUCAAGUUCUGGUUGGCUCGAGACUGAAGAUGCAGUGGAGUCAAGAAGGGAAGAUCACAAUGUUGCAACUCUACGGAAUAAGUGCUUUGAAAUGGAAAAUCAAACAUAUUAUAUUGGCGACAAGGUUUUGGCAAAGGAACUGGGUUUCAAAGAGCAAUUGUACAACAGGCAAACUGGCUCAGCUCAUGGAAAAGCUGAAGCAAUUUGCCAGACGAGGAACCCACUGUUUCCGGAGCACCAAAGCUACAGCCAACUGAAAGACCAGGUGAUCGACUUAUACGGCCUCUCUGUAACCGAAGCUAUGCAAUCCCUCAACAACAGGUUGAGCUUCCUGAGACGCAAGGCAAGGUCCUCAGGGCAGCGACUGCACGCCAUAAUAUGCGUUGGAGUUGGUCAGCAGCACUCCAAGGGCACAGGAUCUCCUGCUUGGCUUCCUCUUGCUGUGGAGCAGUACCUGACGACGGAAGGCCUGCAGUUCACCCAGCCUCACCCAGGCCUUCUCCGUGUUGUGAUAUAUUGACAGACGCUGUAACUAUUAUACCCAAUUGGAGAGAGAGAGAGAGAAAGAUACAUCAUACACUUUUCCUUAUUGUGCAUAUGGGUGGAAUAGAAGAGAAAUCAGUGCAGAGUACGUAGUUACA